AUGGACUUCGAGACUAAUGAAGACAUCAACGGGGUCCGUUUCACCUGGAACGUGUUUCCCUCCACCAGAAGCGACGCCAACAGCAAUGUUGUCCCCGUCGGCUGCUUGUAUACUCCCUUGAAGGAGUACGAUGAAUUGAACGUUGCUCCAUAUAACCCCGUCGUGUGCUCGGGCCCGCACUGUAAGUCGAUUCUGAACCCAUACUGUGUGAUUGAUCCGCGCAACUCGUCCUGGAGUUGUCCCAUCUGUAAUUCCAGGAACCAUUUGCCUCCGCAGUACACCAAUCUGUCGCAGGAGAACAUGCCGCUAGAGUUGCAGUCCACCACGAUUGAGUACAUCACCAACAAGUCCGUCACCGUUCCCCCCAUCUUCUUCUUCGUUGUGGAUUUGACUUCCGAGACGGAGAAUCUCGACUCGCUGAAGGAGUCUAUCAUCACGUCGUUGUCUCUAUUGCCUCCCAACGCCCUCAUUGGGUUGAUCACGUACGGGAACGUCGUGCAAUUGCACGAUCUGUCCAGCGAAACCAUUGACAGGUGCAACGUGUUCAGAGGCGACAGAGAGUACCAGCUCGAGGCGUUGACCGAGAUGUUGACGGGCCAAAAGCCAACAGGCCCGGGCGGUGCCCCAUCUCAUCUACCGAACAGCAUGAACAAGAUCACGCCCUUUUCCUUGAACAGGUUUUUCCUGCCCUUGGAACAGGUCGAGUUCAAGUUGAAUCAGCUGCUCGAAAACAUGUCUCCGGAUCAGUGGUCCGUCCCCGCAGGUCACAGACCGUUGAGAGCCACAGGGUCUGCUUUGAACAUCGCGUCUUUGCUUCUACAAGGCUGCUAUAAAAACAUCCCCGCAAGAAUAAUCCUCUUCGCCGCCGGUCCAGGCACCGUUGCCCCAGGUUUGAUUGUCAAUUCAGAAUUGAAAGAUCCCUUGAGAUCCCACCACGAUAUCGACUCAGACCACUCACAACAUUACAAGAAGGCCUGCAAGUUCUAUAAUCAGAUCGCUCAAAGGGUCGCUACCAACGGCCACACUGUCGAUAUCUUUGCCGGCUGUUACGAUCAAAUCGGUAUGUCCGAAAUGAAGCAGUUGACAGAUUCCACCGGUGGUGUGUUAUUGUUGACCGAUUCCUUCUCCACUGCGAUCUUUAAGCAAUCCUACCUGAGACUGUUCGCCAAGGAUGAAGAAGGGUAUUUGAAGAUGGCCUUCAACGGUAAUCUGGCAAUCAAGACAAGUAAAGACCUGAAAGUCCAAGGUUUGAUUGGCCAUGCCUCCGCUGUCAAGAAAACAGAUGCCAACAACAUCAGUGAGGCUGAAAUCGGUAUCGGUGCCACAUCCACUUGGAAAAUGGCUUCUUUGUCGCCCUAUCAUUCGUAUGCAGUUUUCUUUGAAAUUGCCAACACCGCGGCUAACUCUAACCCAAUAAUGUCUGCUCCGGGCUCAGCAGACAGACCUCAUUUAGCAUACACUCAAUUCAUUACCACUUAUCAACACUCCUCUGGUACUAACCGUGUUAGGGUCACCACCGUGGCAAACCAACUCUUACCCUUCGGUACUCCAGCCAUUGCAGCUUCCUUUGAUCAAGAAGCGGCUGCUGUUUUAAUGGCACGUAUUGCUGUCCACAAGGCUGAAACCGAUGAUGGCGCUGACGUUAUCAGAUGGCUGGACAGAACUUUGAUUAAACUAUGUCAAAAGUAUGCAGACUACAACAAAGACGACCCUCAGUCCUUCAGAUUGGCUCCAAAUUUUUCGCUAUAUCCUCAAUUCACCUACUAUUUGAGAAGAUCCCAAUUCUUAAGUGUCUUUAAUAAUUCUCCGGAUGAAACUGCAUUUUAUAGACAUAUUUUCACAAGAGAGGAUACCACUAAUUCUUUAAUCAUGAUUCAACCAACUUUAACCUCUUUCUCGAUGGAAGACGACCCACAACCUGUCUUGUUAGAUUCUAUCUCUGUCAAACCAAACACCAUACUAUUAUUGGAUACUUUCUUUUUCAUCUUAAUAUACCACGGUGAGCAAAUCGCCCAAUGGAGAAAGGCUGGCUACCAAGACGAUCCACAAUACGCUGAUUUCAAAGCCCUUCUAGAAGAGCCAAAACUAGAAGCUGCAGAAUUAUUAAUAGAUAGAUUUCCACUACCAAGGUUCAUUGACACCGAGGCUGGUGGUUCUCAAGCAAGAUUUUUACUAUCUAAAUUGAAUCCAUCCGAUAACUAUCAAGAUAUGGCCCGCGGUGGGUCCACAAUUGUCUUGACUGAUGACGUCUCUUUACAAAAUUUCAUGACUCACUUACAACAAGUUGCUGUCUCUGGUCAAGCAUAG